UACUAGUAGUGUCGAAUUGGAAUUGGAAAUCCCAUGCGUGUUUGGUUUGUAAGAGUGAGUGAGUGAUGGACGUUUUGAUUCUUGGGGGGUAGUAGUAGUACUAGUAGGGAGCUUAUUAUUCACAUGUUCUCUCGCUCUAUCGCACCAUCUUUGUUGUAUUUGUUCUGCCUUCACCACAGACACACAGCACAGCAGUGUGAAGAGUGUGAUUGGGAAAGGAAAGGGGGUCAUGUUACACUUCUCCUUUACCUUUACCACACUUCCCUCAUUUUAUUAGUAACUCUUUCUUUUCCUUUUGCUUUUUAGUACUCUACUAUACUCCCUCCUCUUUUGUUUCAUCCCAUUUUUCUCUCUUAAUCAAAACCCAACACAAACCGUUAUGCCUCUCAACUUCCUUCUUCUCCUUUUCUUCUUAUUCCUCUCCCACCAACCUUUCUCUUCCGCUUCAGAGCCUCGCAACCCCGAAGUGGUUGCUUUGAUGAGUAUUAAAGAAGCACUAAAUGAUCCACACAAUGUAUUAAGCAACUGGGAUGAAUUCUCUGUUGACCCUUGUAGUUGGGCUAUGAUUACUUGCUCUUCUGAUUCCUUUGUUAUUGGCUUGGGAGCUCCUAGUCAAUCUCUCUCUGGAACUUUAUCUUCAUCAAUUGCUAAUUUAACAAAUCUUAAACAAGUGUUACUGCAGAAUAACAACAUCUCAGGCAAAAUACCACCGGAACUUGGAAACCUUCCAAAGCUUCAAACUUUAGAUCUUUCAAAUAACAGAUUCUCUGGGUUCAUUCCAUCUUCACUCAAUCAAUUGAAUAGUCUUCAGUAUAUGAGGCUGAACAACAAUAGCUUGUCUGGACCCUUUCCUGUUUCACUGUCAAAUAUCACACAGCUUGCUUUCUUGGACUUGUCUUUUAACAAUCUCACUGGACCGUUGCCCAAGUUUCCAGCUAGAUCAUUCAAUAUUGUGGGGAAUCCAUUAAUUUGUGUAAGCACCUCUAUUGAAGGCUGCUCUGGAUCAGUGACCCUUAUGCCUGUUCCUUUCUCUCAAGCAAUAUUACAAGGAAAACACAAGUCCAAGAAACUAGCAAUUGCUCUUGGGGUUAGCUUUAGUUGUGUUUCUCUCAUAGUCCUGUUUUUGGGGCUCUUUUGGUAUAGAAAGAAAAGACAGCAUGGAGCCAUCUUGUAUAUUGGUGAUUAUAAAGAAGAGGCUGUUGUUAGCCUAGGAAAUCUCAAACAUUUCGGUUUCAGAGAGCUCCAACACGCAACAGAUAGUUUCAGCUCCAAGAAUAUACUUGGUGCUGGAGGUUUUGGCAAUGUUUAUAGGGGGAAGCUUGGAGAUGGCACGUUGGUGGCGGUGAAAAGGUUGAAAGAUGUAAAUGGUAGUGCGGGCGAGUUACAGUUCCAAACAGAAUUGGAGAUGAUUAGCUUGGCAGUGCACCGCAAUUUACUUCGCUUAAUUGGAUAUUGUGCUACUCCUAAUGACAAAAUUCUGGUUUACCCUUAUAUGUCUAAUGGCAGUGUGGCCUCCAGGCUUAGAGGAAAACCCGCUUUAGAUUGGAACACAAGAAAGAGGAUAGCAAUUGGAGCUGCUCGGGGCCUUCUGUAUCUUCAUGAGCAAUGUGAUCCAAAAAUCAUACACAGAGAUGUAAAAGCUGCUAAUGUGCUUCUGGAUGAUGAUUAUGAGGCUAUCGUUGGUGAUUUUGGCCUUGCAAAGCUCCUUGAUCAUGCUGAUUCUCAUGUCACCACUGCUGUACGUGGCACUGUUGGACACAUUGCACCGGAGUACCUCUCGACUGGCCAAUCAUCUGAGAAAACUGAUGUGUUUGGAUUCGGCAUUCUCUUAUUAGAGCUUAUAACCGGAAUGACAGCCCUUGAGUUUGGGAAAACCUUGAAUCAAAAAGGUGCUAUGCUAGAGUGGGUUAAAAAAAUACAGCAAGAAAAGAAGGUUGAAGUUUUGGUGGACAAAGAACUAGGGAGCAACUAUGAUAGAAUAGAGGUUGGGGAAAUGCUUCAAGUAGCUUUGCUUUGCACCCAAUAUAUGACAGCUCACCGGCCGAAAAUGUCCGAAGUGGUCCGGAUGCUUGAAGGAGAUGGACUUGCUGAGAAGUGGGCAUCGACACAUAAUUAUGGAAGUAACUGCUGGAGCCAUAGUCACAGCAACAACAGUAGUAGCAAUAGCUCAUCUCGUCCUACCACUACUUCAAAACAUGAUGAAAAUUUUCAUGAUCGUUCAAGCAUGUUUGGCAUGACCAUGGAUGAUGAUGAUGAUCAGUCUUUGGAUUCCUAUGCCAUGGAACUCUCUGGCCCUAGAUAAAUUAGAAAAAUAAUGAAGGAAAUAGUAGGACGAUACAAAAAGGAUCAGAAGCUCUUUUAGCCAUAUAAAUCUUUAAGAGCAAAUUUUAUUAUUAUAUUAACUUUGUUUAAUCCGUGAUAUAACCAAUGUAUAUAUUCUAAAAUACAAUUUUGUUAUUUGGGGUUGUUGUAGAUAUGAGUAGACCAGUAAAGUAGUACUGGUACAGUUGUGCAUAUUAUUCUGCUACUAUGCAUUUGAUUUGGAUGCAACAUUAUUUCAUGGUAGAAGGUAAACAUCAUGAGAUUCUUUGCUAUUUAGUAUAUGAAACAGAAACAAAAAAGUGUCUUUGGCAGAAUGAUGUAUUCUUAGGUUUUGAGUUGACUGAAGAUGAACAUGGCAAUAGGCAAUAUGAAAUUAUCUUUAGUGUUGUUUUGGUUA